AUGUCCAUCCGUGCGCUUCGAGACGCCGAAAACGUCUUCCGCGUAGAGAAGCGCUGCAAGCUGUGCGAGCAGGCGCCGCUGUCGUGCGAAGGCAUCAAGUGCCCGGCCAACCAGGUCUGCGUCCAGAACUCGCGCACAUGCGAUGAUUGCGCAUCAGUCAACUGCCAAAUCGACCCUACCCUCGGCCCCGCCCCAGCCAGCAAGCCCAAUGUCGGCGCCAUAGCCGGCGGAGUCAUUGGCGGCGUCGCCUUUGUCGCCAUCGUCACCUUCAUCGUGUGGAAGUACUGCCUCAAGGGCAAGCGUCGCCCCGUCGAGGAGCAGCCCGAGUGGCACGACGUCGACAUGGCCCCCCAGGAAAAGGACACCGACUUCCAGUCGCAGCGCAGCGCCCGCGCAUCCACGCACACGGUGGCCUCGAUGGCCUCGUCGGUCCUCACGCGCGCCUCCAACAUCAUCCAGAUUGCCUACAUUCCCGGCGUCACCAACCGCUCAGGCCCCGGCUCCCCCGACGUCCUCGUGCCCCCCGUCCCCCCGAUUCCCGCCAUGUCCCCCUCGAGCGGCACCACCACUCCCUACAACGACCAGCACUUUUUCGUGCCCGACUUCCGCGACUCGGUCCUGUCUUCCAACACGCUUGGCCGCACCAGCCUUGCACCGAGCCUCGCCCAGCGCGGCAGCGUCGCCUCGACCGUCUACCGCCAGAACGCCAUUGUGUCGCCUCUUCCCGCUCAGACGGUUGUGCGCGGCAAGGCGGCUGUCGUCAGCGUAAAGUCGGCCGGCUCCAUCGGUCCCGCAGACACCCCCGCCCAGACACCCCCGGUGCCCCAGAUCGAUCCCAAGCACGCCGUCAAGCCCAUCCGCAUUCACAUGCCUGGUAUCAGUCCGGCCAACUCGGUCCGCAGCAUCGCCCAGCUCGGUCCUGUCAAGGCCCUCAACAUCACCAAGAAGAAGAGCACCGAAAUCACGACCCCCAAGAGCUCAGCAGGAUCCGCAAGCUCGUCCGCCGACACCGAACGCACCCUCGUCAACCCGCCCGAACUUCUCGUUCCACAUGCCCGACCUCUGACGGGCGCCUCCACAAUCUCGUCCGACGAUGGUGAAUUACACGAGCGCGCACGCAGGGGAAGCCUGGCCUCCGACUUGGACGACGAUGACAACCACGCACGUGCACAGCAGUCACUCCUUGGAAAGCCCGCCGGCAAGCGCGACUCGGAACUGACCGAAUUCCAAGACACCAGCCCAAGCCCGGGCAGCAGUCCUUUUUCCGAUAGCUCGUCGCUCGAGCCACCACGGCCCAACAUGUCGCAACGCAUCACUUCCUACGACACUUCACUGGGCCUUCGUGCACCCAUGACUCCCAUUGUCGAGGAGUCAUCAGCCUCGAAACGAACCAGUGCUGUUUCCAAGAGAGAUCUCAGUCCUUUUUCAGACACCAACCAGAGUGAGCUGCUGUAA